AUGUGGCGCAUAAUCACAUCACAACAAGUAACUUACAAUUACAAACAAAUGGAAAUAAUUGAUGAUUUACCCGUGAAAAAUGAUUUGGAUAAAUAUUUAUCAAUAUUAGAAAGAAUUGUGUAUUUCGUUGAUGGGCAUCGGUAUUACGUGGAUAUUGAUUUAUGUUUUGGCAUCUAUUUAAUCAACGUAAAUUUAAGAAAUAUAGUGCAAACGCGGGGCCAUUUCUUGUCCUUUCAAAAACAAGUUCGUAUGAUGCACCUGGUGAAGACAAAUGACGAUAUUGUACUACAUUUUACCAAAUCUCGUAACAAUAAUUCUUCAGUAACAGGCUCAAAUGUUUUAGCCAAUUAUCAUUGUUUGAACCUGCUUUCUCAGAAUCCAAUAACGUAUCACAGUGAAUAUUUUCACUGCCAAGUGCCCUACAAUUGCCUUAAAAUGAUGCUCAAAGGCUAUGAUUAUGGCUAUGGAAUAGCACACAGGUUACUGUUCCUGUUGGGAGCUCGGUACUGGCGCACUUGUGUUAUAAUGUCCGUGCAAGACGAUAAACAAAUCAUGGACAAUAUGUGUGCAAAGAUGUAUAAUGAGCUUGAGUACAUCGCCAACCAUGAGUUCCGUAUGCCUGAUUUAUUUAUGGAACACGCGACCCUUUGUAGCAUUGAAGGUCACGCCCAGUUCUUACGCCGAUCAUGGAUAGACGAGAUACUUGACUUUCAAACGGAAUAUGGUUGUUUUAAUUUAACAAGACCGUACGAAGAAAUUACUGUGCCUCAAACAACUACCGAAUCACAGAAUAUAAAACGAAAUGUUACGGAUUGGAACAAUACGUGUAAUGCUCACGUGACUGGAGUUGCGGGUGCCAUGAUAGCUGCAGCGAUCAGAUUGAUUAUGGAAAACUAUUUUUGA